AUGUCUCGAGUCGGCCUCCUUCUCUUCAUCUUUUGUUUGUCAGUUUUGGUUGGAUCAAUCGAAGGGUACGCAACUGGUUUAGGUUCGAUCUCUGGUAUUGCUGGUCUUAUACUAGGCCUUUUAGUGGCUACCAUGUUUUUCGUUUUCCUCUGCGUGAUCCAAUGCUUGUGUGCCCGGUGGACAAAGUCUAAAAACGACGCAGCCAACCUCGUUCACGUUUCUGGUCAAGUGGAGGGAGCUCAUGGAAUUGAUCUCAAGUCGUCUCCACAAAUCAAGAAAGUCCAAAAGGGAGAUCCUUAUUACCGAGUUUGA